AUGGCCCCAGAUGCGAGUAUCCCUGUGAAUGGAAUUCCAGUAAAUGGAACCUAUCCAAUUGAUGAGGCUUUUAUCCGCACAGCGAUCGACAAGUCCAAUCUAAAUGCCCUGCGACUUGCCCUGCUCCAGGUGACCGGUGACCCAGACCUUGCCAACAUGCACAUACGACGUCAUGCCAUCCGUGGUGGCGCCAUGUUUGCACAUGUUGUGGCCGACGAAGACAUUCCGGCCCUGAAGGAAAAGGCGUUUGUCUAUCUCUCAAAGCUCAAGGCCGACGAUGCCAUCCCGCCACCACCGUCAAAAGGCGAGGCCAAGAAGUUGAUGGACGUCUUCGGCGACAAGCCUGUGGGAGAGCGCGAGUUCGAGUACGAUUACGAGGAGCUGGCAUACGAAGAAUUUCCCCGCACCGCGGAAUGGACAGCGAAGAAACCUUCGGCCGAAAAGAUUGCCAAAUUCAAAGUGGUCGUCAUUGGCGGUGGCAUCAGCGGGAUCGCGGCUGCUGUGCAGUUCAAGAGGCUCGGCCUCAACUUCAUGGUACUCGAGCGGCAGGCAGAUAUCGGCGGCACCUGGCUCCUCAAUUCGUAUCCCGACGCGCGCGUCGACACGUCGAGCUAUCUAUUUCAGUUUAAGUUCGUCAAGAACUACCCAUGGACGGAGUAUUUUGCCUCAGCUGGGGAAACGCGGAACUAUCUGAAGAACGUGGCUGAGCGAUACCACGUUAGGGAUCACUUUCACUUCAACCGUGAGGUAGUCAGUGCCGUCUGGCACGAGGAUGAGAGCGAGUGGGAGCUCACCGUGAAGGUUACCGAUGGUGAUACGGAGACCAUCAAGUGCAAUGCCGUCGUUAGCGGUAGCGGCCUCUUCGCCACACCCAACAAGCCAAAUAUAAAGGGCAUAAAAGACUACAAGAGGCCUGUUUUUCACACCGCCCACUGGGACCACAGCGUUGAUUAUCGCAACAAACGCGUGGCCCUUCUGGGCACAGGGUCGACUGGCACCCAGCUCGCUCCCACCGUUGCCUCAGAGGCCAAGUCUCUCACUGUCUACCAGCGCACGCCAAACUGGAUCAUGAAUAUGGAUGGCUAUCGCGCGCGUACCGACGGCCAUGUGAGGUACAUGUUCGAUCACAUGCCUUACUACUGGAACUGGUAUUGCUAUUCAAGUCAUGUAACAUCUCAGCAGCUGCAGUAUCUACAGAAAUACGACAGGGACUGGCAGGCAAAGGGCGGUCUCAUCAACGAGCGUAACGACAUUGUGCGCCGAAACCUGACCGAGUACAUUACAUCCAAGGCAAAGGGCAUCCCGGGCCUGCUAGAGAAGAUAUUGCCCAAGCAUGCGCCGCUGGUGCGCCGGCUGGUUGUGGACAACGGCUUCUAUGACAUGCUGCGGCGCGACAACGUGGGGCUCGUCACGGAGGACAUCGACACAUUCACCGAAACAGGCAUCAAGACGGCCGACGGUGUGGAGCGCGAGUUCGAUCUUGUCAUCCUCGGGACCGGCUUCAAGGUGCAACAAUACUUUUGGCCGUGUAAGUAUGUCGGGCGAAACGGGGCUACGCUGGAAGAGCUGUGGAAGAAGGAUGGCCCGCGUUCAUACCUCGGUCUCGUCAUACCGGGCUUUCCCAACUUCUUCAGCUUUUAUGGCCCGAACCACCAGCCACGCUCGGGCGGAUUUUACUCUUGGGGCGAGAUCUGGUCGCGGUACACUGCCACUGCAAUCAUACACCUGAUUGAGAACGACAAAAAGUCGAUGGACUGCCGCAAGGAUGUCUUUGAUGAGUACAACACCAAGCUCGACGCCGCGGCCAAAGAACUCAUCUGGGAAGAGGAGGGUCACGGAUACUACGUCAACGAGCACGGCCGCCAGAGCAUCAACGCCCCGUGGACCACUGCUGACUACCAUCACAUGGUGCUCACGCCCGACUUUGCCGACUUUGACAUCCGGUAA